GGGGAUUGGAACACCUGAAUCACAUGAUAUGGAGGGGAUUGGAACACCUGAAUCACAUGAUGUGGAGGGGAUUGGAACACCUGAAUCACAUGAUGUGGAGGGGAUUGGAACACCUGAAUCACAUGCUGGGAUUGGAACACCUGAAUCACAUGAUGUGGAGGAUUGGAUGGAGGGAACACCUGAAUCACAUGAUGUGGAGGGAUUGGAACACCUGAAUCACAUGAUGUGGAGGGGAUUGGAACACCUGAAUCACAUGAUGUGGGGGGAUUGGAACACCUGAAUCACAUGAUGUGGAGGGGGGAUGUGAGGGGAUGGACACCUGAAUCACAUGAUAUGGAGGGGAUUGGAACACCUGAAUCACAUGAUGUGGAGGG